AUGCUCAAGCAAAAUCCAUAUUUAAAAACACCUCUCGAUCGAGAAAAGUUUAUUUCCCCCAUUCCAGUAUUGAAUAAAGACAAGAGAGACGAAAAAAUGCGAUUCCAAACAAUUUUUGCUGCAUUUGCCCUGACGGCCGAGCCAGUUCUUGCUUUGGGUGCACAGCAAGCUGCAGAGUUUGAUGAGUUUUCAAACCUCGGCCCAGCUUUUCAGCAAUACUUGGCAGCUGUGAUGAAUCGACCGAAGCGAGGAAUGGCUGGAGCGAUGUACCGCGGCGGAUAUUUUUGA